AUGCGUAGUAGAGUAUCGACGCCAAGCUACCGCUUUACCAGGGUUACCAGCUGUGUUUACAUUUUCCAGCGACCAAGCUGCGCAACUAAGACAUCCGAGGAACAACAUGCCUGUUCACUUUAAGGGUAUAUCUGAAUAUGACAGGAAUUUUAAAGAGAAGAAAAGAGAUGCAUCAGGUCAGGAACCUACAAAAUGGGCUGGUCUUCGAUCAGAUGAACUUGGGAUUACAAAGGAACCUAGCUUUGCUUCAAAACGACGAGUUCCCUAUUACCAUCCAGAGAUUUUUAAAUCAUUUCAGUGGAAAGCAUAUGAGCCAGAAAGCAAUGGGUUUGCUAACUCUAGAGAACCUAUUGAGUUGUGCCUUGAUGUUGAGAAAGUAUCAUUGGAUGAAGAGAUCAUACAUACCCCAGAGGCACCACGGCUAAAGAGAAAAGCCCGCUCACACUCUGCAGACCCCAGAAUACAGACUUCUAAUGGCAAUUUAUUACUAAAGACAUUAUCAACCAACGUGCCGAAAGAACAGAAAGAAGUUUCAGUGCCAUCAAAAGCAAGUCCACAAAAAGAAAACAGAGCAUACCAUAGAGCUCUACAGAAGAAAGCUGGUUUGAACAUUGACACUUUGCACCAUCCACUCAGGAUGUCUGAAUACAGAAAACAGUUUGAAAGGAAGAGCCCAUUGAAAAAUUCUCCAUUGCUUGCUGCAGAGCAGGUUAUAUACAACAAUAACCAAUCCGUCCCCCCAAUUAAAGUAGAUACAGCCAAUAAAGAAACAGAAUAUAAAAGCCAAUUUAAAGGCUCACCUAAUGCCAAAGGACCAAAAUUAAGAAGGGACUGGGAAGAAAAAAAUCUUUCUGUGAUUGAAUCAGAGAACUUACCACCAAAAACAAAGGAGAAAAAGAAAAAGAUCCCAGAGGCUGAAACCAGUCCAUCAAAGACUGAAAUAUCUGAACCACAAAACAAACAAACUGUCAAUAGAAAUAUUCUGAAAGAAAAGUUUAUUCAGCAGCUUAAUAAUCCAUACAAAGGUUUUAGAAAAAUGAAAUCAGAGUAUUCUGCAAAUUUUCUGUCUCCUUCUUCAUAUAAAUAUAAAGAUGGUGCCUGGGUGAGACUGAAUCACGUACAUGAUCAAGGUACUGAUUUCAGUCUAGGUUCCAUGUGGGUUGCAGAGGUCAGGGAGUUACGUGAUAAAGCUGAAUAUUACAGGCGCCGUGCACAGGGAACUCACUUCUCUCGAGAUCACUUGAAUCAAAUUCUGUCUGCAAACAACAGGCUGUGGGAUGUAUCUUCUACUUCUAGCACUGAGGACCAUAUCAGCACCAAUAUUAAAGCUCUAGAUCUGGCUGGAUUGCAAACACCCAAGGAAAAAACACAUAAAUCAAAGGAAUCAUCACCAGCAGAACUGAAAGAACCAUCUAAUACUGAAUUGUUGGGAAUUUCCAAUGCACCCACCAUGCCAGUUAGAAGAAAGCUUAUUUGGGAUGAGAAUGAUGUUACUGAGCAAAUCGAAGAAAGAGUAUCGCCAAAUAAAUAUGUAGAAAGUGUUGACGAUGAAGAAGAGGAAAUAGAGGAACCAGAUGAAGAAAGUAAAAAAGAACAGAUUACAAAAAGGUUGGAUGAUGUUAUAUUAAAUCCUUUAGCUGAUGGGUCUGAAAGAACAUCUCUGUCUUCAGGAGAAGGAGGAAGACUUCCAACUCCAAAACUGAGAACAUAUGGGUUAGCCCAUAGGACUCAUCACGAUCUUACCACUCCAGCCACAGGUGGGGCUCUUUUAGUAUCUCCUUCAAAAAAUAGUCCCCAUGCAAAUGAAGAGAAACACAUGGGUUCACUAGAAAAAAACUCUCCUUCAAAUAAUCCUGUCUCCAAGGAGAAUCUUAAAAGAAAACACAGCAAGGAUGAGAAGCAAUCCGCUCAGUCCCCACCUGUUGCUGGUAUGAAAACAGUGGAUCUUUUACCUCUGAGAGACGAUCUGUGGCCAAAUAGACAGAAUUACAGUAAACCAACUGCAGUUGCCUCAGAUCCAGCCACCAGAUCCCCUGUACAGAAGUCUUUUCUUUCUACAUCACCACAGCGGAGUCCAACUUGCCGUAUUCAUGGAGCGUUAAGGCAUCCAGAGUUCCAGCAUAAUGGAAACUUUGGCAGUCAAAACUAUUUGAAAACUUCAUUUUUGGAUGACAAUAUUGAAGAUGACAGACUGUCCCAGAUUUCUGCUAGAUCUGCUGCGUCAAGCUCUCUGGCUUCACAGGUUCUGGAACGUGCACAGAAAAGAAAAGAACAUUUUUGGGGCAAAAAGUGAAAAUGCAACUUACUCUACUAAAAACAAAAUAUUUUUUUCUUAGUUUUGCUGUGAAUAGUUUAUAGCAAAAUAUUCUGCUUUGUGUUUUGUUAUAUUUUAAUCUUUGAAAUUAUUUAAAAGUAAAUUUAAAUAUUGUA